GUAAAGCAACAAAACCAAACAAAAACCCCAAAAUCCAAAAUCAUCUGUUUUCUCUCCUCUAAAAUCACCAAUAAUGAGUAGUAGUAAAGAACAGAGCCCUUCUUCAGAAACAGAGUCUUCUUCUUCUUCUUCUUCAGAUUCAAACAAAAAACCCAAGCGAAUCAAUUCCAAUUCCAAUUCCAAUUCCAAUUCCAAACUCGCAGUUUACAGAGGAGUUCGAAUGAGAAAUUGGGGGAAAUGGGUAUCGGAAAUUCGAGAACCAAGAAAGAAAUCCCGCAUUUGGUUAGGUACUUUCCCCAGUCCUGAAAUGGCUGCUCGAGCUCAUGAUGUUGCUGCUCUAAGCAUCAAAGGAAAUUCCGCCAUUCUUAAUUUCCCUGAUCUUGUUCAUCUUCUUCCUCGUCCUGUUUCUCUUGCGCCUCGUGAUGUUCAAGCUGCUGCUGCUAAAGCUGCCCACAUGCAUAAUCUUUCAUCUAAUGCUAAUACUAACAACCACAAUACUAAUUCUAAUUCCUCCUCUGCCUUUUCCGAUGAACUUAGUGAGAUUGUUGAGUUGCCGGCUCUGGGAACGAGUUACGACGAGGGUGUUGGUGUUGGUGGGGAGUUUGUGUUUGUUGAGUCGGAAUUGGAAUCGGCGGCUUGGCUUUACCCGCCGCCGUGGGUGCAGAGCUUAGAGGAGGAUUAUGAUGAUGGAGAUGGAGAUGGAGAUUGUGGUAAGUUGGGAAUGGGAUUUGUUUCCAAUGGAUUUAAAGGGUUUUUGUUUGAUUAUUGAAAGAAAAAUAUUUUGUAUUUGCUUUUCCUCCUGUUCUGUUCUGUUCAUCAACUUCUUCUUCUUCUUCUUCUCCUUCAGCUGUUAAGGAUUAGGUUAAUUUUUCUCAAAAUGUUGUUUUUUUUUUUUGUUUUUGCUUUUGAGUCCUUUUGGUUUUUUCUUUUAAAGGGCUUGAAAAACUCUGUUUUUCUCUUUUUGGCCUUAUUUUUCUCUCUUCAAUGCAUACAACUGUACAGUGUUACUGUUGAAAUGAAAUUAAAUCAUUUUCUCUUUUUUUUUU